ACGACAGGUCGUCUAAUGUUUUCCAAACCAGACGAGUGGGAUUUAUAUGAAGAACGAAAAUCAUCAAGGCGUAAAGAACCAGAGAGAGGAAAAGCAAACAUGGUGGCGAUUUCGCUGUACAGAGGAAAUCUACACCGAGUACCCGACGUACCUCGUCGAUGGCUAAUGCCAACACGUCAAAUCUCUCUCAAAGAUUUUAAAUCCCUCUUGAGCCGCCGCACCAAGGCCCUCUCUCGCCUCCCUUCCUCCGCCGUCACCGCUGUCGCCACCACUUCAUAUUAUAUUUCUAACCCUAAUCCUACACUUAACGCCAGCACAGGGGAUAAUAACACUAUUUUAGUUGCAUCGCCUUUAGAAUUGGAGAAAGGAACAAAUCGUGAAAAGGAAGGGGCUUCUAAGGAGGUCAAAGAUCAUGAUGAUCUUUCUAAUUCUGAGAAGCCUCAUAUACCUGAGAAAGGUGACGCGGCAGUUAAUCAUAGCGGUGAGAAUUUGCAGGUCGAGAAACAGGAUUUGGAAGAUAAUCGUAACACGGAGACAACAUGCAAAACUGAUUUGGCAGUAAAUGAUCAAGAGAAAAGGCAAAAUGAAGUUGAGGAGAAGUUACAAGUAUUGAAUCAGAAGAAGCAUAGUCUAGUACAAGUGCUGAAGCAGAUUUUGAAUGUGGAGGAGGAAUUAAAGAGAAGAAAUAUUGCGCAAGGAAUAGCAUCUGCUCCUCUUCAAGUGGAUGUUACUAAUGAUUCUGUGUCUAUGAGCAGGCAUGCUACUCCUAGGAUGGGCUCGGAGGCGAAUCUUGGUGGUGAUAUGAUGGAAGGGGGGGAGAUUGAGGAUGUUCCGAAUGUUAAUAUGAAUAAUAAUAACAAUAAUUACAAUCAUUCUCGUCAUGUAAAGCGGAUGAGUAGUACAUCUCCAUCAUCUGAAUCUCCUUUGAGAAAGCCUCCCUUCAUUCAACAUAAUGUGGUUCCAUACCCCUCUCGACCAAGUUUACGAACCACCAGUAGUCCAUCACGCUUUGCUCCAACAGGACACCAAGGCCCUCCUGCGAAUGUGCUCCCCCCAGUAUCUGUAUCAGUCUCAGUAUCAGUAUCAGGAACAAAUUAUAUUGCAUCUUCUCCCUCCCCUGCUGCAUCUGGUGGCACUUCAGCUUUUAGAGAUGCUCGUCAGCCAAGUCCAUGGAAUGAGAAGCAAUGCACUAACAUGAUUUGACGCCUGUCUCUGUUGCUAGAGUUGCAGUCUUCUUGGCGUAUCAAUCUUAGAUGAGUAAAAAUCCUUCUCGUCUUGAUGUUUUAUUUCCCUAUCCAGCUAGUUGUUGAAACUAUUUCUCUAGUGUCCUACCAGUCCAUCAAAUUAAAAGCUGAUUAGAACCAAGCAAUCAUUGUAAAUGGAGUACUUGCUAUUCCUGCUAUUAUCAGUUGCUCGUUGUAAUGUUGUAACAUCCUUGUUGAUUUAAGCUGUAGAUAUUGUUGAAAGAACUGAUUUACAGGGACUGAAUUGUAGAGGUGGUUCAAUCUUCGAGUUC